GAUGUUCUAAGCGAGAGAACCUCACCUUUGAGGCGGGUCCAGAAUCCUAAUGCCCGGAGCUGUUGGUCGCCCAAAGCGCAAUGGAGCUCUCCGGAUUGGUCGACGUACCCCAGGUCUCCGUUCAAGGUCCGCCUCCUGCCUGCUUCCACUUCGGAAGAUAGACCAUGGCCCUGAGAGCAUGUGGCUUGAUCAUCUUCCGAAGAUGUCUCAUUCCCAAGAUGGACAACACUGCAAUUGAGUUUCUACUGCUGCAGGCAUCAGAUGGCAUUCAUCACUGGACUCCUCCCAAAGGCCAUGUGGAACCAGGAGAAAGUGACUUGGAAACAGCCCUUCGGGAGGCUCAGGAGGAAGCAGGCAUAGAAGCAGACCAGCUGACCGUCAUUGAGGGAUUCAGAAGGGAGCUCAAUUAUGUGGCCAGGGAGAAGCCUAAAACCGUCAUCUACUGGCUGGCGGAGGUAAAGGACUACGACGUGGAGGUCCGUCUCUCCCACGAGCACCAGGCCUAUCGCUGGCUGGGGCUGCAUGAGGCCUGCCAGUUGGCUCAGUUCAAGGAGAUGAAGGCGGUGCUCCAGGAAGGACACCAGUUUCUCUGCUCCACAGUGGUCUGAACUGACCAGAUCAGGGUCUUUUGCCUCCGUAGGAUCCUUGAGGGCUUCUGAGGUGAACUACCUUUGCUUCCAGGGAAGCCUGUGCUGGUCUUUGGCUCAUUAUAGCAGAUUGCAGACAGCCUGGUAAAAUCAGCUGAGGACCCUCAGAGAAGAGCAAGCAAAAAUCUCAGCUGGGUGGAAAGGAAGGGAAAGGAGUUUAAAAAAAAAAAAAAAAAGGCCAAGCCCAGUGAGUGCAUCCUUAUACUUUAUGAAUAAACCUCAAGCAGCUUAUCUCUCCUUCUAACCUGCUGUAUUUAUUUCAUGGGCUCUUGCCUUGGGUGGGGAGAAAAGCUAGAGUUAAUCAGAGCUCUGACCUUAGCUGGAGGGAAUCCUGUGUCCAAGCACUGUACCCGAGAGAAGCUGAGGGACGGAGUCAGAAUCAGAGAGACCCAACGCUACCGGGUGGCUCUCCUGCCUCUGGACCUCCAAGCACCCUCACGCCACCCCACCGGUGUACCUGAGACAUAAUGACUUGUAGCGGACAGGAUAUACAAGCGAGUGGGACUGGAGCGCAGGAAUGGAGUCUGCUAUACAAUCGGCCCACCGUAUCCGCGGAUAUUGAGGGCCGAAGGCGGGACUCAAACAUCCUCAGAAUUUGGUAUCCUCAGUGGGUCCUCAAACCAAUCCUCCGCGGAUAAC